AUGCUCAAGGCGGGACAGAACAGAACCUCUCACCCGCGCCCUGCAGGUGCCUUCCCCCGGGCCCUCCGCUCCGGGCUGCCGCUGUGUGCGGCUGGCCCGUCCGGCUGGUCGCGCGCGGCUGGCGGGCACACACCUCACCCUGCGCCACUCAACACUCUCCAAGCGCACUCUCACCCGCUGCCGCUGCGCUUGCCCAUGAGCAUGUUUGACGCCACCGGGGACAAGCCUCGCAUCAUCGUCCACAUUCCUCUGCCCAUGAAUGUUGACCCGACCUUCAUUGUCCCCAUCACGAACAAAGACGGCGCGAUAGGCCUCCAGAUGUCCAAGCUCAUGCCCUGCUGGGAGCCCUACUGGGAGCGGCGGCGCGAGCGCGCCGGCCUCCAGCGGUUCGACAUCCACCAGACGCUCUCCGCGCUCGUGCACCCCGAUCACGUGUCGACGAUGCUCUCCGCGCUCUGUGGCGGCGAGCUCAUCUUCGUCGACUGCUGUCCGCUGCGGCGCGUGCAGAUCAUGGGCGAGAAGUGGGGCGUGUACGGCGAGCAGAGCAGCGCGUCGACCGCCGCCGAUCUCCUCGCGCUCAUCGUCCCCGCGAUGUUCAACUGGUACGACAACCUGGUGCGUUCCUUGAUCGAUCCAGUCCGGCUGAACUCUGAACCGGACCGGUCUGCUCGCGCGCGCCGCCGCGACUCCCAGCGAAACUAUCCGGCGACGGUCGCGGGCUGGCGGAUCUUGGAGAGUCGGCGCGACUGGACCGAGUGGAUGCAACGGCCCAACCUGAGCGACGUGAGGAUCGUCGCCAUUCGACGGACAUUGCCCGAGGGCGGAGUCAGAUAUUUUCCGGAGAUCGUGAUAUACCCACCUUCGAUCACACUCAUCCACUCCGUUUCCUACAAGGUCCCUCUCCCCCCCGACGUCGACCCGAAUUGGGAAAUCCCCAUUGAUCAGGAGCUAAAAUACGGUCUGCACAUGAAGGAGCUCAAAUGCUGCAAGCGUCCGUACUUGGCGAGGCUCAACGGGGAGGUUGUGGGUCCCGCACCCGACAUCCACCAGACCGUGCAGCGUGCCGUGCACACCGCCCACUUCCACAACAUUCUCCGCGACCUGGCACAUGGUCACCUCAUCUUCGUCGGACCAUGCGAGAUUCCCGGGGACUGGUUGUGCCGUCGCAGCGGCCAGACGACAAGUGCGCAGACCGCCGUCGACCUCCUCGCGUUGAUCGUGCAGGCGAGCUUUAGGUGGCAGGAGGCGUUGGACCUUGAUCGCCAGGGGAUCACCCAGAAAUGGUGCUGCGACUUCCUUCCUGCAGAUUUCGCGCAAUGGCUGAAGGACCACGGCGACGUCUUCCUCAUGCGCCUCGUCGCCAUCAGGCGUUCCAAACCUAAUCGGGGGGAACCUGUGAGGUACUUCCCUGAGGUCUUCAUUGACUUUACCCCUUGA